UUUUGCCGUCUAGAAACAUUCUAGAAGGCCGGUUAGGUAACGCUAACAAUACCUAGUUCCCUUCUGAGUAAUUACGUCCACCAACUAGUGCUACCUUUACAGAUAACCCCAAGGUAGCAGUCACAUAGCUAGCUUCCCAAACGUUGGUUAGUUCUGCAGCUGGCUGGCUUUCUACCUGGCAGCUUGCUAACUUCCAUAGCUUUCAUUUUUACUGCCAUGUUGAUCUUCCUGCCCCUCCUCCUCCUAUUACCGGGCACCGUUUGCCGGGCAGGGGAUAUUCCGGAGGAUGCCACAGCAGAGUUCUCAGUCAGGUUAUACCACCAGCUGCAGGCAGCAAGUGGGGAGGACAACAUCAUCUUCUCACCCCUGAGCGUGGCCGUGGCCCUGGGCAUGGUGGAGCUGGGAGCCCGGGGGUCCUCUCUCAGGGAGAUACGCCAGGCCGUGGGCUUCAGUCAUCUACCUACUGAUGAGGAGUUUUCCCUGCUCCAGAACCUGACGGGUGCUCUGUCUGACGACGACAGCAACUACGUGAUCCGAUUGGCCAACAGCCUCUUCCUGCAGGAGGGCGUGACCUUCAACCCUGACUUUUUGCGUCUCAUGAGGAAGUAUUUCCGGGCCGAGGUGGAGACAGUGGACUUCAGCGAAUCAGCAGCCGUUGCCGAGCAGAUAAACACCUGGGUGGAAAAUCACACAGAGAGUAAGAUCCGAGAUCUUCUCUCAGCGGAUGACUUCAGCAGUGUAACCCGCCUGACCCUGGUCAACGUUGUGUACUUUCGGGGGAGCUGGAAGAACCAGUUCAGACCGGAAAACACCAGAACCUUCUCCUUCAGCAAAGAUGAUGGUAGCGAGGUCCAGACUCUCAUGAUGUACCAGCAGGGAGACUUCUACUACGGUGAGUUUAGCGACGGCUCGUCGGAGGCUGGCGGUGUGUACCAGGUUCUGGAGAUGCCUUAUGAGGGGGAGGACAUGAGCAUGCUGCUGGUGCUGCCCAGACAGGAGGUGCCUCUGGCUGCCCUGGAGCCCAUCAUCAAGGCCCCCCUGCUGGAGGAGUGGGCCAACAACGUCAAGAGGCAGAAGGUGGAGGUCUACCUGCCCAGGUUCAAGGUGGAGCAAAAGGUGGACCUGAGAGAGAGCCUGCAGGAGCUGGGCAUCAAGAACAUCUUCACUAAGGAUGCUGAUCUCUCCGCUAUGACAGAUGGGAAGGACCUGUUUAUUGGGAAGGCGGUGCAGAAAGCGUACCUGGAGGUGACAGAGGAGGGGGCAGAGGGGGCCGCAGGAUCAGGAAUGAUAGCCCUCACCAGGACUCUGGUGCUUUACCCUCAAGUCAUGGCUGAUCACCCAUUCUUCUUCGUCAUCAGAAACCGGAGGACAGGGUCCAUCUUCUUCAUGGGCAGGGUCAUGACCCCUGAGGUCAUCGACCCCAGCGACCACGACUUUGAGUCCAUGUAACAGCAAACAACUGCCAAUCAGAAUUGGGUGUGCUGCGAUCCUGCUAUGAGCUUACACACUCAAUGCAAUCCCAGCAUCAGAAACACAAUUUAUCCACCCCUCAUUCAUUGUCAGCUGUGUUUUUAUACUCCUUCUGGGAAUAUAUAUAAUGCAAAUGUUAUGAUACAGGAUAUACUGUACAUAUAUUGAAAUAUAUUACAUACAACUGGUGUGUUUUGAUACGGUAAGCUUUGAGGCACUUAGAUAUUUGAUUGAUAGAGAUAAAGGUGUAAAUAUUUAGGUAAAUCGAUGUUUCUACUAUACACUGUAUAUUAGAUAAGACAGAACACAUAUUAUAUCCACAAAGCACCUCUCCUUUAAUUUGACGUGCUUCACACACUCCACCACACCACUCUCCCUGUAUAUUUGAUGUUGUGUUAUAGAGAGUAGAUAUUUAUUGCAGAAAAAGUGACAAUGUUUCUCAACCACACUGAAUAUUAGUGAAUCAUGAUUUUAUUUCCUGGGUUCUUUUUUACGCUAUGGGUACAUGGUAAAAAAAUACAGAUGAAAUCAUAUAUUGCCUUAUAUGUUUUGUUGAUUUAGCCAAGCCUUCAACAGGUAAACUAAGAGGACUGCACCACACAGGUUGCUAUAGAGACAAGGCUUGCAGCUGUGUUGGAAACUGCAUUUUUUGAUUACAGGGAGAAAAUGGUUAACACCAGCUGUAUGCACUCCUUUCCUUAAUAAACAUGAAUGUGUUACAAUUACAACAUGCUGU